AUGGGUGGUCUCGGUAUGGCGUUCGGUGGAGGCGGAAUGUACGGUGGUCCGAUGGGCGGAUGGGGUGGAGGUGGCGGAUGGGGCGGGGAUAUGGGCUUCAACGACAACAUGGGCGGUGGCUGGGGCGGUGACAUGGGUGGUGGAUGGGGCGGUGACAAUAUGGGUGGAGGAUGGCACGGGUUCCCGCUAGGUGGAGAUUUCGGCGAUUAUGCAAUGAUGGGGAUGAUGGGUGGUUUCGGGAUGCCGUUCGGGGGCGGCGGGAUGUUCGGCGGACCGAUGGGCGGAUGGGGCGGCGGAUGGGGCGGCGGAUGGGGCGGCGGUUGGGGCGGCGAUAUGGGCUACAACGACAACAUGGGUAACAGAUUCGGUGGGGAUAAUAUGGGCGGUGGCUGGGGCGGUGACAUGGGUGGUCGAAUGGGCGGUGACAAUAUGGGUGGUCGAAUGGGCGGUGACAAUAUGGGUGGUGGAUGGGGUGGGGAUAACAUGGGUGGAAAUGCUCAGAUGAACUGA